UUUGUCUAUUAUCAAAUUAUCGAGAAACUCAUCCAAAUACACAUUAAAACGCGUUAAUAGUCCCUACAAUAAUUAUAAAACUAUUAUGUUAGUGCCUGGCAUUUAUUCAAUUCGGAAUAAAAAUAAAACUUUAUCUUAAACAAAACAAGUGAUAACUCUGCGAGGGGUCAAGAAGACAUAUUUUAAGUCGAACUAACUAGUGCAUAUAAGUGAGUUAGACUUGUUUUGUUGUUGUACUGUGAGUUAUUUUUUAACUUUUCACCAGAAUAGAAAAACAUGGAAAAUUAUACAAAAUCUCCAGAUUACUCGGAAGAAUCCGAAGGUGAACUAGAAAUAGAUUAUGAUUUAGACACAUUAGACCCAAUGUGCAACCCUAAAAAACCAGUAAUGGUCCCAUUCGAGGAAAUAACGUCAGCUGCUUACAAAAUAAGGAGCGGAAUAGCAUACACCCCAUGCGUGAGAUCGCAUAUGUCUAGUAUGACUGGGAUGGAUAUAUAUUUAAAAAAAGACUUUCUACAGCAAACUGGAAGUUUUAAGGAACGUGGAGCUCGGUACGCCUUAAUACAGCUAACGCCCGAGGAGAAAAAACGAGGAGUCAUUGCCGCUUCUUUGGGAAAUCACGCUCAAGCUCUUAGUUAUCAUGGAUACCAGUUGGAAAUUCCAGUAACAGUAGUAAUGCCAAUAACAGCCCCGAUAAUGAAAAUACAAAAAUGUAAAGAAUAUAAUGCUAAUGUCAUUAUGGAAGGACGGAAUAUGGCAGAAGCCAAGAAAAAAGCAAUGCAACUGGCGACGGAAAAUAGAUGGACUUUUAUUAAUGGAUACGACAAUCCUCGGGUCAUAGCUGCCCAAGGAACCAUCGGACUAGAAAUUAUGGAACAAGUAGAUGAUAUAGACGCUGUGGUAGUACCAACAGGUGGAGGAGGACUUUUAGCUGGAGUGGCCGUAGCAGUCAAGACACUAAAUCCUAGUAUUAAAGUCAUUGGAGUAGAGUCGGAAAGAUGUGCAAGUUACACGAAAGCAAUAGAACAUACCAGCCCAAUACAUACUGAAAUAGAAGCCACAUUAGCCGAUGGCCUUGCAGUCCCUCAAGUAGGAUAUAACGCUUGGUUGACUUCUAAAAAUUUAGUAGAUAAGAUGGUAGUUGUUAAGGAAGAAUGGAUAGCUGUGGCCAUUUUAAGGUUUAUUGAAAAAGAAAAAUGUGUUGUUGAAGGAGCGGGAGCGUGCGGCUUGGCAGCCAUAAUAAGUGGAACUCUUGAGGAAUUCAAAGGAAAACGGGUUGUACUUAUUUUAACUGGAGGUAACAUCGACACAACUCUCUUAGGUCGCUGCAUAGAACGAGGUUUAGCAGCUGAUGGUCGUUUAGUAAAGUUUAAAGUUAAAGUCAGCGACAGGCCUGGCGGUAUCUCAGAACUUUGCAAGAUUAUAUCAUCAGUUGGAGUUUCCAUUAAGGAUAUUAUGCACGAAAGAGCGUGGGUAGCAUCAGACAUUUUCAGUGUAGAGGUAAAAGUAGUAUGUGAAACCAGGGAUUACAACCACACCAUAGAACUAAGAGAUCGUUUGAACUCAAAAUAUAAGAAGGUGGUUUUUGAUAACCUUCCAAAAAGAGAGCAAGUAUCAUCGUCAACUGAUUAUUAGAAACAUCAGCAUAAAGGCUGAUUUAUGUUAGAACUGGGACGUGGACGGCACGUUGAAGAAUCGUCUGGUGUGAAAAACAUUGACUAGUUUAUCAUACAACGGAACGGGGCGACUCCGGAGACGUGCUACGACGUGCGUUUUCUAUUGUUCUACGGCAAGUAUCGUGCACGUCCCGUCCUAACAUAAAUCAGCCUUUAAUGUAUGUUUUUAAAUACGAAGAAACUUUCAUUGCGUUUAUUAUAAUAUAACAUAAUACUGUGUUAUUAUUUGUGAGGUUUUUGUUUCUGAACUAGUCAACUACAUAUAUUACAUAUCGGUUUAGUAUGUUCACACUUAAAAUUCGUUAUUCAAAUUUUUAUUUGAAUAACAAAAUGUGUAUGACUAUUCAAAUAUAAAAUAGGACGUAUAAUUAUUGUAAUAAAAUUGUUAAAGCUAGAAAUGUGAUUUCAAAUAAAUUAAUAUUACUGA